CAACUUAGACAGGAUACAUUUUGAAUGUAAUCAACAUAUCUUCGCGAUUAGGGGAUUUACAUUAAGCUUGUUUCUCUGAGUAGAAACUCUGUCAUCCUCAAAUUUCAAAAGUCAAAGCACAGAGUGAUUUCAAUAUCGAGUGAAAAAAGGUCUUUGAAGUUUAAAAAAGACUUCGAAAGAAAAUGAAGAGGCAGCAGAAGCGCUAUUGCGAAUGUUGAAGACAGAAAGAACAAGCAAGAAACCAGCUAGUAUUGUGAAUUUUUUCAAAAAACAAUCAUUAUCAAACACUGACACUUCCUUCCACAAAAAAUCUAUUCCUUCUAAUGCUGGUGCAGACGUUAGUUUGGUUGAGGGAAGUCCAUACGUCGUUCAGAUUGAGAAUACAGAGAAAGUGACAGAAGCUUCGUCUGUUAGUUCUGAUUUUUCUAAGAAAGUUAGAAGGACACCAGUCCAAGACGAGAUAAGCAAGAAGAUCGCUUCACUCAGAGUCGAUCUACUAACUGUUAUCCAAAAACAAGAAGCUGGACUUGACAGUGACAGUUUAGGCAAUGAAAUUAAAAAAUUGAAAGCAGAAAUUUCGAAAAACAAAGGCAAUCUUGAUUCUCUGAAAAAUAAUGCAAGAAGACAGAAACAGUUUAAAGAUCAGAGGAAAAAUGCAUUGAAGCGAGUAUGCGAAAAUCAUCCAGACAUUGCUGAAAAAACUCUUAAAAUUCAUGAAACUACUGGAAGACCGAGGCUGGAAGUCAAUCAACCUGACUUGAUGAAGACAAUUAUUCAGCUUGCAACAUUUGGAGCAUCUGCUGAAGAAAAGAGUGGGAGCGAAGCUUUAAAUAGUUGUCGUACGUUACCUGAACUCUGUGAAGAGUUGAAAAUAUUCGGCUACAAUAUUUCGAAAAGUGCUGCAUAUUUACGUCUCCUUCCUCGAAAUUCAAAGACAAUUGAAGGAAGGAAACAUGUUAAAAAUAUUAGAUUGCCUGAUCAUGAUUGUGUAGUUGCAGAAAGGCAUACGCUAAUACCAUCAGUAUAUGCAUUAAUUAUUGGUAAACCGAAUGAAAUGGGACGCCCGGAUGCGGUGACUUAUUCAGGUCCAACUUAUAUAGCAAUUCGAAGUGGAAAGCACGCAUUAUCUACGGCCUCAACACACUCAAAAGAUUUUGAACGGCUUCUGAAAUGGACUUAUUUAGUAAAUUAAUGUUGUACCAGCUUGGAUCAAUGA